AUGUGCCGCUUCCGGCCCGAGUGCGCAAAGGCGUCGACGCCAGACGUGGGGCGCCCGCCGCCGAUUCGUCGCGGCUGGACGGCGGAAGAGGUGGACCCCGCGGGGGCGAAGGAGGCGACUCGCAAGGAGGCGGCCUCCCCCUUGCAGCCUCUGGCAGAGGCCAACCAGGCGUCGCCGUCCCAACCCAAGCAGGCUUGCCGCACGGGCCAGCGACAGCCGCUCGCCGACCCCGUCGGCGGCGUCGUGCAAAAGCUAAAGGGGCUCAAGGCGCGCUAG